AUGACGAAAACAACCUCGGCGAUGGGAUUUGCCCUCUUUCAACGGCUGCCACCUGAGCUUCGGCGCGAAAUAUGGGCCGAAGGCCUUCGCGCUGCAGACCAGCCGACCAUAUACCUUUACAGCUGGCGGUGGGCAUUGCCAGCUUUGGUGCCGGAGACGAUGGAUGAGGAAGCGGUGACGACGCGCUACGCGGCCAUUGAGCAGCGGGAACGGCUUGUCGAGGCAGGCAGCGUGCCGCCCAUCGCCUACGUGAACACCGAGGCGCGGGCCGUGGCCAAGGCGUGGAUGAAGUCGAACCACAUGGAGAUACGGUCCAGCGGCGGCGCAAAGAAGGGCAAGCCAACGCUCGUCCGGCCGUGGGACCCGAGCCGCGACCACCUCUACGUCGGGCGCGACCAGUGGGAGGACUUUUGCUUGCUGCCCUUCGAGGACACGGAAGCCGGGGAGGCGCUGGCGGCGUCAAUCCGGCACCUCGCGCUCCCGGCGUGGACGGCCUACUACAGCUACGAGCAGAUCGGGAUGUUGCUGGAUUUCCUGCCGCGGUUGGAAUCGCUGUCGGUCAUCUGGGACAAGGUGCCGCAACUCCGGGCGGCCGAGGGACCCGCACCGCCGGGGUUCCGGGCGGGCGACGCGAACUGGGCCGACGAGGACGAGGACGAGGAAAUGGCCUUCGCGGGCGACGACACGUAUGGGCGCAAUCGGGGUGACUUUUGGGCCGAAGUGCAACCCCGGUGGCGGCUGCUGCCAGUAUCGGACACAGGAUGGAAGCAGGGGGCACGCAUGGCCAUCGUUGAUCCCAUGGACGGGAAGGUCAGCAUUGUCAGAGAGUCGGAGACGGUGGAGGACAUGAUGGACGAGGUGCUGGCUGCGCUGGGCUCGGUGGAGCUGCCAGAGUACCUGUGGGACCCGGAGACGGGGGACUUGACGUUGGCGGUGCGACCCGUGACGGCGGUGCGGUGCUGA